AUGAGUACGGGAAAAGUAAAAUGGUUUAAUACGCAGAAAGGCUACGGAUUUUUAAUUUACGAAGGAAACAAGGAUAUUUUUGUCCAUUUCAAAGACGUUAUAGGAGGUAUGGAGAGUCUUCAGGAGAAUGAUAAUGUAGAGUUUGAUAUUACUGAAGGAAAGAAAGGCUUACAGGCGAUAAACGUGAAA